GUCACCAUGGUUACUCAGCACACCUUCUUCAUUUGGUGUCCGUUGUUUAACCAUUUAAUGAAAGCCAUAGUUGUCGGUCCACUUCAUGGUAAGGCGCGUGGCAACCUGGCGCGCGCGCGUAAAGGUGCCCGUCAGGAGCGGUGGACACGGAGCGGGACACGCAUGGUUACUGUUACACCGCCUGCUCGGACUCUCGGCUUCUGACGACCUCUUUUUCCCACACAAGCUCCCGGAAAUCAAACUCGUGCAGCUUUUUAUUUAUUUUAAUGCGCUUCAACUGCUUAUUAGCUUCCUUCCGCAAAACUGUGUGAUGUUAACUUGUAAAGUUGCUGUUGAUAUGCGUCGUUCUACCUCAGUUUAUAUUCCAUAGCUACAUACUCAUGGUCAAGGUGGUGGCAUCGGGCUGAUGCACAACGCAUAUCAUCAACACCUGCUUCAUGAGGCAGUGUUUUUAUUAUCUCUAACCAAUAACAUAUACAAUCUACAGCAGCCGCUCCCACUGAUGAAGCUGCAGCUGCUGGUAGAUAGAUACCCUGAGAGGAGUCUCAGUGAUCAGCUACUGCUCUCUUUUCAAACAUCUGCUGCGCCCACAGAAGAACCACCUGCUGCUGCUUCCGAGACCCCUGCUGAUGCUGCUGCAUCCGCUCCAGAGGAAACACCAGCAGCUGUUGAGGCCCCUGCUGAUGCUGCUGCGCCCGCGACAGAGGAAACACCUGUUGCGGCGGCCGAGCCCCCGGCUGAUGCUGCCGCGCCCGCCAUCGAGGAGACGCCAGCUGCUGCCGCCGAGGCCCCCGCCGACGCAGCCGCGCCCGCCGCAGAAGAAACGCCAGCUGCCGCCGCCGCCGCCGCUGACGCCGCUGCAGCCGCACCAGAAGAGCCGAGAGCACCCACACCUCCGCCUCCUCCACCCAAAGAGCCCACCAGCGCCCCGCUGGACGUGUUCAUCGAGGAUAAGAAUGACACUUCGGUCACCAUCAUUUGGAGCCAGCCGGCGGUCGUGGGAGCGUCCGGUCUGGACGGAUACACCAUCGAAGUCUGCAAGGACGGAACCGAGGACUGGAAAGCGGUCAACGAGGAUCUGCAGAAGUCGUGCCGCUACGUGAUCAAGAACCUGACCACCGGAGACCGCCUGAAGAUCCGCGUGGUGGCCCUGAACGCCGGCGGCCGCAGCCCGCCGGUCGCCCUGCCCGAGGCCAUCCUGGUGAAGGAGGUCGCUGAUCGUCCCAAGGUGCGCCUGCCCCGUUUCCUCAGGCAGAGAUACGUCGCUUACAAAGGAGAGAAGAUCAACCUCACCGUCCCCUUCUCCGGCAAACCCAAACCCGUGGUCAGCUGGACGAAGGACGGCCAGCCGCUGGACACCAAGAAGGUGAACGUGCGCAGCACCGACAAAGACAGCAUCCUGUUCAUCCGCACCGCCGACAGGGCCGACUCCGGCGUGUACGAGAUGUGCGUGAAGGUGGACGACUUCGAGGACAAGGCGUCGCUCACGCUGCAGAUCGUCGAGCUGCCGGGUCCUCCCGCCAGCCUGAAGGUCGUGGACACCUGGGGCUUCAACGCCGCCCUGGAGUGGACCCCACCCAAGGACAACGGCAACACAGAGAUCACAGGAUACACGAUCCAGAAGGCCGACAAAAAGACCGGAGACUGGUUCACCGUGAUGGAGCAUUACCACCGACUCAACGCCACCGUCUCCGACCUCAUCAUAGGCAACACCUACAACUUCAGAGCCUUCUCUGAAAACAAGUGUGGAAUCAGCGAGGACGCCACUCUCGCAAAGGAGGUGGCCGAAAUCCUGAAGAUAGGUAUCGACUACAAGCCUCCCGAGUACAAGGAGCGCGACAACACCGAGGCGCCCAAGUUCACCACCCCUCUGAACGACAGAGCCACCACCGUCGGCUACAGCACCAAGCUGCUGUGCUCCGUCAGGGGAUGCCCGAAGCCCAAGGUGACAUGGAUGAAGAACCAGAUGAUCAUCGUAGACGACCCCAAGUACAGGCAGAUCUGCGUUCAGGGCAUCUGCUCCCUGGAGAUCCGUAAGCCCGGUAACUACGACGGCGGCGUGUACUCCUGCAAAGCCAAGAACAGCCACGGAGAAGCAAUGGUCAGCUGCAAGUUGGAGGUCAAAAAGCCGGCAGUUGCAGAAAAGCAAUAAGUCAACUUUCACAUUCUCACAGGAGCAGAAGAUACGAGGCCUUUGCAGCAGAAGGAAGGUGCUGGACUCCUAGAAGAACAUGUAUAUAUGGCUGGUGACCAGACUGCCCGAGGGCUGUGGCCUGUGACCUCCGGCCGAGUGUUACCCUGUGUUAUGAUGAACAAUUGUUGUCGCGUUGUGCCUUUAUCGGUCACUACUUUAUUCGGUCCAUAUCCAUGUCUUUCUCCAGUUAUUGUCGGUCUAACUAGGUGUACACCAAGACGUCUACAGCAAUUUACUCUUCCUCAUCGGACAACUACAUGAAACAUCUACGUGUUUAUAUCAAUAAAUAAUUUUAUUUCUG